AUGAACGGUCCUCAUCUGCUCCUUCUGGCGCUAUGGGCGCUGGCCAUUUCUGCACAGGAAUUGGUGCCGACAACGGCUGUGGACGAUCUGCAGGGUGAUCUGCAAAUCCAGGAAUGGAUGCGUGAGCUACGGCGAGUUAAGCGAGCGCCGACACGAAGUGAAUUCAAUGAUUGUUGCACUGUAAGAAAGUCAAUGAGGAGGAAACUGCCAGAUGUACAACCGGUCGUAGUGGUAUUGCCGGGUUUCGAUGCAACGCGUGCCUCGACGUACUAUCAAGACGUCCUUUACCCGGAACCGCUGAGGCGUCGCAGGGCGAAAAGAGCCAGAUACUGUCCGAUUCUAGGAGGCCCCGGUUCGAGGUGCAAGUCAAAAACGAAGCUGAAGGCAUCAGAAGACGUGGCAAGCGAUUCAGAUGAUGACAGUGCUCGCUAUGGGAGUCGAGGCGCAGUGGUUCUCAGCGCAAACGGGACCGGUCGCUGCGUUGUGUCUGCUGAUCAAGCCUCCCACUUUUGCGGAAUGGACGAAGAAGUGUCAUCACCGCCGAUUCCACCUCCGGACGCUGGGAAGUGUGUUAUAUCAAGGGCAUCAGGACGUGAAAUAUGCUACCCGCAUUACGAAGACCUCGACACGACAUGUACAGAUGUGACGGGUAGGACCACAUCUGGGCUGGUAGCACCUCCAGUAGUUCCACACGCAACGGUUCGAGCGAUGGCUUUUGUACCGCCCGACAAUCUACGACGCCUUAUCGUACAAUACUACAGACAGCAAGGGAAACUUAUGCCUAAGAACAUGACUCUCACCCCGAAGUCAUUUCUUUUCGUAAAAUAUCACUGUGACUUCGGCUACGAAAUGAUCGACGAAGUCGAUACGUUGUUCUGUCAUCAGAAGUCGUGGGUCAACACGCUGCCAGUUUGUCGCGGAAAAGGACUGUGCGAGGCCGACAACGGUGGAUGCAGUCACUCUUGCCUGUCCGUGAACGACGAACAUGUGGAGUGUCGAUGUCCGCGUGGAAUGACCCUGGACACCGAUGGCAAGACAUGCAUAAAGCCGAUUCCAAAAACGCUGUGUAGAUCUCUGGCGGGGUGUUCUUGCUUGUCUAUUGACGACAACCAAUAUUCGUGUACCUGUCCGAAGGGAGCCAAAUGUCUACUUCUGCGAGGACCUCCGAAGUUGUACGUUGAACCGGCAGGACCCUAUGAAGUGCCGCCAGGAGGAAAUAUAAACAUCACCUGCUCUGCUGUCGCUUAUCCUUUUCCUGAUAUUUUCUGGCAGAGGGGUGAUGAGCGUGUGCACAACAUUCCCCUCAAGGCGGGGACGGUGAAGAACGAACAAAUCCUCAUCAUCAAAGAGCUAUUCAGAAAUGCUGAAUUCACUUGUCACGCGAAUAAUACGUUGGGUAACGUAGAAAGAACUGUGAAAGUGAUCAUCACAGGACCUGGUUCGGCUCCGGUGCUGCGUGGUGCGCUGUCAGGAAGGACCACUAUUACAAUCCGUUGGGAUCCGCCACACGUAAUCAAUCGACCUAUUACCAGCUAUACCGUAUACUACACGAACAACGGAAACCAACCAAUCAAGAAUUGGCAGCGCUUGGAAGUGAAAGAGCCGAACCGUAACACAGUAAUUGAAAAUCUCCGUCCCAACACACAGUACUUCAUUCGACUACGAGCGAACGACCAGAUGGGGCCGGGCAGACUGGGCAACCCUGCUUCUGUGACCACUUUAAGACCAGCAUCUCGACCUCUCGUAACGAUUGAGCAAGGCGAGGAGCUGUUCGUGGGCCCAUUGAAACCGUUUGAACUCGGCUGUAACAUAACGAGGGCCGAUCCAGUACCAGUGGUUACUUGGCAACAUAAGGGCCGUCCAUUGAACAACGGCGAGAAGACCUUAUUUAUGAAGAUGCACAUAGGCGGUGUCAUUGAGAACACGGUUUUUUCUUGUGUGGCGGAGAACGAAGCUGGAAAGAGCACGAAGCGUAUCAACAUCACUGUAACUGGUCCUACUGCUCCUGAGCGCAUCCGAUAUCGAGUGGAUGGCGACAAGGUGAACUUACAAUGGGAACAACCACGAAUAACCAACGCACCCAUGGCUGGUUACGAUGUCUUAUAUACUGACGAUCCAAACCUUCCUGAAGAUCAGUGGAAAGUACAUCGUGUGGAUGAUCCUCACACUCACACGGCAACCGUUUCUGGCUUGAGCGAGAGGACCCCGUACACCUUCAGGAUCCGUGGUCGUAACAAGCUCGGUGAAGGACUUCUUAGUGGCGCAUUUAAUGCUACCACGUGGCUGGGAGCUCGUCCUCCUUUCGUGAUGGUGACCCCACCCGAUCAGGUCGUCAAGGAGCCAAGUAACGACCCACUCAGCAUUGAAUGCGAGGCUAUUGGAGUACCUAAACCAAAAAUUAUCUGGUUGUGGAGCGGGCAACUCGUUGAAGACGGAAAGGACGAGUUCCGCGUCUAUGACAUAACUCCGAUGGAUGCGCAGGAACGUUCAAGGAGCAAGCUGAUUGCUCAGAGCACAACGAGGACCGGAAUGGCAACUUGUCAGGCGGUCAACGCGGAAGGCUCAGACGAGAAAAAGACAGAGGUGAAAAUUCUUGGGCCGGGAAGUGCGCCGAUGAAUAUCCAGCCGACUCCAAUGCAUACUGGUUUUGAUGUGGCCUGGCAACCACCAAAAAGGCCUAAUGGACGUAUAAAGAACUAUAUCGUUUACUACACCAAGGAUCCUGAUCUACCAUUAGCGGAAUGGAAAUCUCAAGUGGUCGACGGUGAUGUGAGAAAUCUCACCGUUCACGUGGACGAUGAGGACACGCCUUAUGUGGUGAAGGUCCAGGCUGCUACGAAUGAUGGCCCAGGCAUUAUCUCCGAAGCCUACGAAGUGACCACCGGAAGAAGACAAAUUCCUCUUACCGUGAGACUGGAGAUCAGCGACCCUCCCAUUGGUGAUGAAGUUGCAGAGACAGAGGUGGACCCAGCUCAACCCAUACACUUCAAGUGUAUCGCUGAGGGUCGUCCGAUGCCUAGUGUCUCCUACAGCUGGCUGCCGAUGAACUCAACCGAGAGCGGCGAUGAACCCGUUCCCAUUCCUAUCACUCCUGACCCAGCAAAGGAUCAUCGUUACAUUUCUAUUCAGGUUUACUCGACAACUUCAACAAAAAGGACAUUACUUUGUCAAGCCAGAAAUCCGGAUGGUACCGUGGAAGACAAACACUCUUUCAUAGUGAACAAACCUGGCAGUCCACCGCGGGAAAUCAAAACGAUUGUGGACCCAGACAACCGCGUCACUCUAACUUGGGAGGCUCCGAAGUAUCCAAACGGAGAAAUUACGAGCUAUAAAGUCUACCUGACGGGAGAUCCUUCGAAACCAGUAGACCAAUGGCAAGUAUUUGAAGUGACUGAUCCAAGCGAGCCACGACUCGUGUUCGAAAGAGGGGAGCUGGAGCCGGAGAGUCCUUAUUACGUGAAGAUUGCAGCUGUGAAUCCGUCCGGAGAGGGAGUGCACUCGGAUGUUUCGCAUUUCGAUACCGUCUCCGGAGCUCCACUCGAUUCACCUAAAGACAUCUUGCCAGCGGUGGCCGAAGAUAACACAGUGAACAUAACCUGGUCUGGGCCAAGAGAACCUAACGGACCGAUCAAGUCUUACACGAUUUAUUUCGCACCUGAUGAUGGGACCGUGGAUGAGGACUACAAAAUGUGGCCCCGCAUUGAAGUGCCAUCCACCGACGAUCACGGUACGAUCACAAUUGACAAGGACCAAUAUGACAUCAAACCAAACACGCCGUAUAAGGUGCGAAUCUCAGCCACUAACGACUUGUCGGAAGGACCAGCAUCUGAGCCAACGCUGUUCGAAACGGGAAGUGGAGAAACGCCUCCUGUAAUCACCUUGGAUCCGCCAACCACCCUUGUUUCUGUUGAUCCUAAAGGCUCCGUAACUAUUGUUUGUUCGGCGACUGGCAUACCACAACCAACUGUCUACUGGGUAUUGGAAAAUGGAGAGCGAAUCCCAGGAAGGACGCUACAACUCACAGAUUUAAUCAAGGACACAUCAGCAACAUGCAAGGCAGAGAACAAAGCUGGAGGCACCCAGGAGGUGGUGCAAAUCCAAAUCUCUGGACCUGGUACACCUCCUAACGAAAUCGUACUGCUUCCUAUGCCAAACCAAGUGAUCAAUGUCGAGUGGACAACACCAGAUGAGGUGAACGGACGAAUCACGAACUAUAUUGUCCACUAUGGGGAAGUACCCGAAGGAGCCACGGAGCCUGAAGAAUGGAAGACUGCUACUGUAGAUGGCUUAGAUGUCAACCAUCAGCUGCCUCAACUCGAUCCAAAGAAAAACUACGCGGUUCGAGUGCAGGCGGUCAGCGACCGUGGACCUGGAGUCCUUUCUGCUCCGCAAAUUAUCCGCACGCUUCCACUCGCACCUGCACGAGUGGUAAAUCCGGAAAUCAAUGUAUUCGACAACAACUCCAUUAUGAUCGAAUUUGUACCUCCUGUAGAUCCUGAAUCACCAGACAAACAAAUUAAGGACUUCGUCAUCCUCUACACAUCUGAGGACCCACCAACUGAUGAAACGGACUGGAAAGAACUUCGCUAUACGGAUCCAGACGACACUGACAACAUCACUGUUGUACCUAUUGAUGGAGAGAAUUUCAAUCCAGAUACGAAAUAUCAUGUGAAGAUCAUUCCGCGCGGAGAAAUUGAUGGUCCUGCUAGUGAACCGUCCAUGUUCACAACUGGAGAUGGAGUGAUCGCACCUUCGCAACCUGAGGUUAAUGUGGAUGCACCUGAUAACAAGAUCCGCGUUCCUGCUGGCACUGACUAUAUAGUAAUAUGCAGUUCGGCUGGGUUCCCACCACCUGAAAUCCGUUGGGUGGACGGCGAGGGCAAUCAACUUUCCGAUGGACCAACACUUAAGUUGGUUGAUGUGAGAAGGACUGUGAAAGCGAAAUGUCUAGCGGAAAACAAAGGAGGACUCAAAGAGACUGACUUCACAGUUUUUGUUGCAGGUCCCGGAUCACCACCCGAGAACGUUCAUUUGCAAGCAGACAAGCCAGUUACGAUUACUGUGCAGUGGGAUCCUCCGACGAUCCCCAACGGCAAUAUCACCAAGUACAUUAUCUACUACACACCAUUGGACGAUCAGGAUCCAGCUCAUCAGAUUGGUCAGGUUCAGUCACGGCCAAUCAACGAGUGGUUGACUUAUCACGACACUCCCGAUGCAGAUGGCACAAGAAAAGUGGACUUGAAGGACUUCAUAGAGACAGAUACUGCUUAUGCGGUGGUUGUCCAAGCCAUCAACAACGACGGACCUGGCCCAUACUCGAACCAGUACACCAUCCGCACCAUGUCACGAGCUCGGGAAGGUCCACCAACGGAUUUGCGUGUGGAGCCAGAUGGGCAGAGAUCAGCGGUGGUGGAAUGGAAAGAGCCUACGACAACCGACGUAAAACCUGUUGGCUAUGAAAUAUACUAUGUACCCGGUGACAAGAGUGUCGACGCUGAUGACCAGGUGUUGAGCGACUGGUCGAAGAUUGUCAUUGAUGAUCCGAACAAACUCACGCAUAGAAUCCAGAACUUGCUUCAGCCAGACACUGACUAUGUUUUCAAGAUUCGCGCCAUCUAUCCUGACGGUCCAAGCGUAUUCUCCGAGCCAUGUAUAAUGAAGACUCUUCCAGACGGUAACGCGCCGUACAUUCAAAUCUCUACUGGUGAGAAUGGAGUGGCUGGUAGUACAAAUAUCGACGUGCUGCCCGGAUCACAAAUCACAGUGUCCUGCAACGCCACAGGACUACCAUUGCCCUCCGUCAAAUGGAUUAGAGGAGGCACUUAUGAAAUUGAUCCGAGCACAGUCGACACGGCAGCCAAGCACGCCCAGUUUUCUCUGAAAGUGGCAAACAUCACAGAAGAUACGACCUUCAACUGUGUAGCGCAGAAUCCACUCGGCCACGCAAACUGGACUAUAAAUGUUAACUUGUUGCCAGGUCUUGAACCUGAAUGGAAAGAUGACUUUGUCGUUUCAAAGUCAGAAAAUGGCGAGGUGGUGUUGGUCUUCAGCGAUAACCUGCCAGAUUAUCUCAAGCCACCUAAUGAUUGGGUGAUACGGUACACAGAUAACCCGGACCUGCCAAAAGACGACUGGACCGUGCUGCCAUCUGAUUCAGCAACCUUAACCAGAGUCCCUGUGCCUGAUAUGGAACCAGGAACCUACUACUACCUUGUGGUUGACAGCCCUGAGAAAGGAAUUCAAACUCCAACCCUGCUUGUCAUGACACCCAAACCACCCAGCGACAUCCGAGUUGGAACAAACAUCAACGAUGAGUCGAUUGUCGAUUUCAAAGAAGCCAUCACCUCGCAACCAGUGAAAAAAUACAGUAUUAAAGUCUGGAAAUUGGACGACCCCACUAACGUCAAAUUCUACGAGACCACACCCGACGUCUCAAGCGGAGUUGUCCUCGACGGUCUUGAACCAGACACGGAUUACGCAGUUCAGAUCGCAGCGGAAUUUUAUGAAGGAGAUAACCUACCCAGUGAACCGGUUCCUGUCAGAACUCCACCGGGAGGUGUUACAUGUGACUGUGCACAUGCAUGCACAUUUGAAGAGAAGGAUGAUGGUACUGUAGCGUCAAAAUGUUAUUGUCACAGUGGUUUUGUACUAAGUGACGACGAGAAGUCAUGCGAACCUUCUACAGGCGCUCCGACUACGUACACAAUCGUUAGAGUGACACCUCCAGCAUUUACAACGGAAGUGCAGCCGGAGGAAAUUCUAAGUAGUUCUGUAGCACCUGGCGAAUUAGAAACUAUAGUAGCUACAGAUUCAACAGGAAGGUUCAUUGGAUCAGACGCAUCUCCACUGCCAACUGGAGCGGAUGGCAAGGUUCUACAGGUUGAGGAGGUGAAGUCUACAUUGCGACCGACAGAUGCAAGCGGUCGGGAAUUACCAUUUGUUGUCGGGCCUGACGGUGUUCCCCUUAACGUGAACGCUGAAGGAGAGCUUGUUGAUGGCAACGGAAAUCCAAUCAUUAUCGAUGAAGAAGGUAUUCCAAGAGAUCCUUUCGGAAAACAGCUUCCUCAGAACAAAGAAGGAGCAUGGAUUUACCCACUGAUCGAUGCGAGCGGAAAACCACUUCCACUGGAUGAAAACAAUAUGCCAAUUAUUAAAAUGAUCGAUGUCCAUGGAAAAGACAUUCCGCUGGAUGACAGCGGUCGUCCAAUUGAUUCUGAUGGACUAGUUAUAACGACAGACUCCAUUGGCAGACCUCUCGAUAAGGAUGGAAAUCCAUUCCCCAUAAAUAAAGAUGGAUAUUUUGUUGUUGUACCCGGCGGAAGAGCUACUAUCGUUUCCGAAAGAACACCUGAGAUUCCUCUGCUGAUUGUUGAUGGUGAGCCAAUAAAAAUGGAUGAGAGUGGACAAUACAUUGACUCCAUGGGUAACAUCAUUCCUACGGAUGACGAAGGUGUGCCUCUUGAUCGAGAGGGACAUCCUUUGAAGAAAAAUAAGGAAGGCAACUACGUAAUGCCGCCGGAAAAAAUAACGGAAGAAGGCGAACCUCUUCAGUUGACAACUGAGACUGUACCGAUCAAAAAACCAGACGGAUCACCCCUACCAACUGAUGCCUCUGGAAAUUUCAUCACCGACGAGGGAACAGUCAUUGAGGAAGACGAAGAAGGCAGACCUCUGGGUCCUGAUGGACAAGUGUUACCAACUGACGAAAGUGGAAACUACAUCUAUCCACUUGUUGGACCUGAUGGCCAGCCUCUACCGACUGAUGAACACAGGCGACCUAUUCAUCCAGUUGUAGAUUCUGAUGGUGCACCACUACCGACGGAUGCAUCUGGUCAUCCACUCGGGGAGGACGGAAGACCGGUACCAACCGAUGCUAGCGGUGUUCCUCUCGACAAGGAUGGACAACCUCUGCCAACGGACAGCAGUGGACAUUACGUCACAGUCCCACGUGAGGAAGCUGUAAGCAAGGAGCUACCAACGGACGAAAGUGGAAAAGUCAUUUAUCCGGUGACGAAGCCGGACGGAUCUCCUCUCCCAACAGACGCUUCAGGAAAUUUCAUCACCGACGAGGGAACAAUCAUUGAAAAAGACGAAGAAGGCAGACCUCUGGGUCCUGAUGGACAAGUGUUACCAACUGACGAAAGUGGAAACUACAUCUAUCCACUUGUUGGACCUGAUGGCCAGCCUCUACCGACUGAUGAACACAGGCGACCUAUUCAUCCAGUUGUAGAUUCUGAUGGUGCACCACUACCGACAGAUGAAUCAGGUCAUCCACUCGGAGAGGACGGAAGACCGGUGCCAACCGAUGCCAGCGGUGUUCCACUGGACAGGGAUGGACAACCUUUGCCAACGGACAGCAGUGGACAUUACGUCACAGUCCCACGUGAAGAAGCAGUAACCAAGGAGCUACCACUGACGAAAGUGGAAAAGUUAUCUAUCCGACCUCUGGGUCCUGAUGGACAAGUGUUACCAACCGACGAAACUGGAAACUACAUCUAUCCAGUAGUUGGACCUGAUGGCCAGCCUCUACCGACUGAUGAACACAGGCGACCUAUUCAUCCAGUUCUCGGUUCAGAUGGAAGGCCACUACCGACAGAUGAAUCAGGUCAUCCACUCGGGGAGGACGGAAGACCGGUACCAACCGAUGCUAGCGGUGUUCCUCUCGACAAGGAUGGACAACCUCUGCCAACGGACAGCAGUGGACAUUACGUCACAGUCCCACGUGAGGAAGCUGUAAGCAAGGAGCUACCAACGGACGAAAGUGGAAAAGUCAUUUAUCCGGUGACGAAGCCGGACGGAUCUCCUCUCCCAACAGACGCUUCAGGAAAUUUCAUCACCGACGAGGGAACAAUCAUUGAAAAAGACGAAGAAGGCAGACCUCUGGGUCCUGAUGGACAAGUGUUACCAACCGACGAAACUGGAAACUACAUCUAUCCAAUAGUUGGACCUGAUGGCCAGCCUCUACCGACUGAUGAACACAGGCGACCAAUUCAUCCAGUUGUAGAUUCUGAUGGAAGGCCACUACCGACAGAUGAAUCAGGUCAUCCACUCGGAGAGGACGGAAGACCGGUGCCAACCGAUGCUAGCGGUGUUCCUCUCGAUAAGGAUGGACAACCUCUGCCAACGGACAACAGUGGACAUUACGUCACAGUCCCACGUGAGGAAGCUGUAAGCAAGGAGCUACCAACGGACGAAAGUGGAAAAGUCAUUUAUCCGGUGACAAAGCCGGACGGAUCUCCUCUUCCAACAGACGCUUCGGGAAAUUUCAUCACCGACGAGGGAACAGUCAUUGAAAAAGACGAAGAAGGCAGACCUCUGGGUCCUGAUGGACAAGUGUUACCAACCGACGAAACUGGAAACUACAUCUAUCCAAUAGUUGGACCUGAUGGCCAGCCUCUACCGACUGAUGAACACAGGCGACCAAUUCAUCCAGUUGUAGAUUCUGAUGGAAGGCCACUACCGACAGAUGAAUCAGGUCAUCCACUCGGAGAGGACGGAAGACCGGUGCCAACCGAUGCUAGCGGUGUUCCUCUCGAUAAGGAUGGACAACCUCUGCCAACGGACAACAGUGGACAUUACGUCACAGUCCCACGUGAGGAAGCUGUAAGCAAGGAGCUACCAACGGACGAAAGUGGAAAAGUCAUUUAUCCGGUGACAAAGCCGGACGGAUCUCCUCUUCCAACAGACGCUUCGGGAAAUUUCAUCACCGACGAGGGAACAGUCAUUGAAAAAGACGAAGAAGGCAGACCUCUGGGUCCUGAUGGACAAGUGUUACCAACCGACGAAACUGGAAACUACAUCUAUCCAAUAGUUGGACCUGAUGGCCAGCCUCUACCGACUGAUGAACACAGGCGACCAAUUCAUCCAGUUGUAGAUUCUGAUGGAAGGCCACUACCGACAGAUGAAUCAGGUCAUCCACUCGGAGAGGACGGAAGACCGGUGCCAACCGAUGCUAGCGGUGUUCCUCUCGACAACGAUGGACAACCUCUGCCAACGGACAGCAGUGGACAUUACGUCACAUUGCUAUCACGAGAAAGUAGCGAUACUGAAUCAAUUUUGAAAUCAAAGCAAUGUGCUAUUGGCGAGCCUCAAACUGAGACUCUUCUAUUCAUUGUUGAAAGUUCCCACCAGAGUGCACCAUAUCUCACACCAAUUAAGGAAUUGCUUAAAUCAUUUAUCAAAUCCAUACCUGAAGAAAGUAUGCCUAAGAUCGGGAAAAUAAUCUACGGAGCUACAACGGAGGUCACCAUAGACAUAGGACACUAUAGGGAUAAAGAAGAAUUAGUCAACUCAUUUGAUGAAAUCAGAGAAAUCGGUGGAUCUCCUGAUGCUAAUUUAGCCUUAAAGAUUGCUAUGCAACUCCUAAUGGAAGAAGAACGUGGAGCAACAGUUGUUCUUCAUUUGCAUGUCACACCACUAAGUUUGCGAGACGGCUCAUUAGCUGAAGCCAUAAGGGAAAAGGAUGUUAAGCUUGUUCAUCUUGAUGAGAAAAGUUGGUCAACGCGCGAUUCGAAGGCAAUUCAGAAAUUCGUAUGCUUAAAAGGUAUUGGAAAACAACCUUUCGUGACGAAACCAGACGGAUCACCCCUACCAACAGAUGCUUCAGGAAAUUUCAUCACCGACGAGGGAACAAUCAUUGAAAAAGACGAAGAAGGCAGACCUCUGGGUCCUGAUGGUCAAGUGUUACCAACCGACGAAAGUGGAAACUACAUCUAUGCAGUAAUUGGACCUGAUGGCCAGCCUCUACCGACUGAUGAACACAGGCGACCUAUUCAUCCAGUUCUCGGUUCAGAUGGAAGGCCACUACCGACAGAUGAAUCAGGUCAUCCACUCGGAGAGGACGGAAGACCGGUGCCAACCGAUGCUAGCGGUGUUCCUCUCGACAAGGAUGGACAACCUCUGCCAACGGACAGCAGUGGACAUUACGUCACAGUCCCACGUGAAGAAGCAGUAACCAAGGAGCUACUUACUGACGAAAGUGGAAAAGUUAUCUAUCCGGUGACGAAACCAGAUGGAUCACCCCUACCAACUGAUGCCUCUGGAAAUUUCAUCACCGACGAGGGAACAGUCAUUGAGAAAGACGAAGAAGGCAGACCUCUGGGUCCUGAUGGACAAGUGUUACCAACCGACGAAACUGGAAACUACAUCUAUCCAGUAGUUGGACCUGAUGGCCAGCCUCUACCGACUGAUGAACACAGGCGACCUAUUCAUCCAGUUCUCGGUUCAGAUGGAAGGCCACUACCGACAGAUGAAUCAGGUCAUCCACUCGGAGAGGACGGAAGACCGGUGCCAACCGAUGCUAGCGGUGUUCCUCUCGACAAGGAUGGACAACCUCUGCCAACGGACAGCAGUGGACAUUACGUCACAGUCCCACGUGAAGAAGCAGUAACCAAGGAGCUACUUACUGACGAAAGUGGAAAAGUUAUCUAUCCGGUGACGAAACCAGAUGGAUCACCCCUACCAACUGAUGCCUCUGGAAAUUUCAUCACCGACGAGGGAACAGUCAUUGAGAAAGACGAAGAAGGCAGACCUCUGGGUCCUGACGGACAAGUGUUACCAACCGACGAAACUGGAAACUACAUCUAUCCAGUAGUUGGACCUGAUGGCCAGCCUCUACCGACUGAUGAACACAGGCGACCUAUUCAUCCAGUUCUCGGUUCAGAUGGAAGGCCACUACCGACAGAUGAAUCAGGUCAUCCACUCGGAGAGGACGGAAGACCGGUGCCAACCGAUGCCAGCGGUGUUCCACUGGACAGGGAUGGACAACCUUUGCCAACGGACAGCAGUGGACAUUACGUCACAGUCCCACGUGAAGAAGCAGUAACCAAGGAGCUACCUACUGACGAAAGUGGAAAAGUUAUCUAUCCGGUGACGAAACCAGAUGGAUCACCCCUACCAACUGAUGCUUCUGGAAAUUUCAUCACCGACGAGGGAACAGUCAUUGAGAAAGACGAAGAAGGCAGACCUCUGGGUCCUGAUGGACAAGUGUUACCAACCGACGAAACUGGAAACUACAUCUAUCCAGUAGUUGGACCUGAUGGCCAGCCUCUACCGACUGAUGAACACAGGCGACCUAUUCAUCCAGUUCUCGGUUCAGAUGGAAGGCCACUACCGACAGAUGAAUCAGGUCAUCCACUCGGAGAGGACGGAAGACCGGUGCCAACCGAUGCCAGCGGUGUUCCACUGGACAGGGAUGGACAACCUUUGCCAACGGACAGCAGUGGACAUUACGUCACAGUCCCACGUGAAGAAGCAGUAACCAAGGAGCUACCUACUGACGAAAGUGGAAAAGUUAUCUAUCCGGUGACGAAACCAGAUGGAUCACCCCUACCAACUGAUGCCUCUGGAAAUUUCAUCACCGACGAGGGAACAGUCAUUGAGAAAGACGAAGAAGGCAGACCUCUGGGUCCUGAUGGACAAGUGUUACCAACCGACGAAACUGGAAACUACAUCUAUCCAGUAGUUGGACCUGAUGGCCAGCCUCUACCGACUGAUGAACACAGGCGACCUAUUCAUCCAGUUCUCGGUUCAGAUGGAAGGCCACUACCGACAGAUGAAUCAGGUCAUCCACUCGGAGAGGACGGAAGACCGGUGCCAACCGAUGCCAGCGGUGUUCCACUGGACAGGGAUGGACAACCUUCUGCCAACGGACAGCAGUGGACAUUACGUCACAGUCCCACGUGA